GGCUCAAGAUGCCAAGAAGGCUGUCCCAGACUCGGGCUGUUCUGUCCCACCACCUCCACCACCACCACCCUGUGCCCCUCCACCCCUCCUCCUCCACCACCACCCCUCCGCCAGCCAGCACUACCCCACAGAAGCUGGUGUUUAAGAAGAAGAAGAGGAGUGAUGAUGACCGGACACCAGAAGAAAACAAGUCUUCUGGGAAGAUGGUGGUUACUGCAGCUGACUUGCUGAAAGUCAAACUGAGGUCAACACCACGUGACACCCCACAUGGAGGCCAUGAACAGGCCGAUGGUAAAGCCCCUGUUGUGAGUGUGGAGGACUUGAAGAGGGUGUCGCUGCGGAAGACCCAGUCGGCCGUCACUCUGGGGGAACUUGGCAAGGAGAACAUGCAACACAUGCUCCUCCAGGAGGUCAUGGUCAACCGCUUCAAGCUGAAGAAGACCACCGUCCAGAGGAGUCCGGGUGGAACCCCCAUCAUUGACAGCGGGGAGAAGAAGAGGAAGAGGGAGACAGGCCAGGGUCUCACUCCCAUCAUGACGAGGGCCCUCAGGAAGAAGUUUAGGCUGAUCCAGUCUGACAGCAUCUCCUCCGGUGACUCAUCCAGCUCUUUCUCCAGCCCCGACCUCCCUCCGUCAAACACAGCAUCAUUUACCUCGGCGUCAGCCUCCACGCCAACAUCAGCCACCACAGACAAGACGACCAAGUCAAAGCGGCGGCGAUCGCGGCGUAGCAGCGUAAACAUGCGAUCACCCUUGGUGGACAUCAACAACGUGAGCGAGACGCAGGAGGUGGCUAUAUCUCCACUGUGAUACCUCAGUCCUAUGUUGUGGUGUAUGAUUUAUUUGGCCAGAGCCUGUAUCUGGUGUCCCUUGCCCUUAUAUUUAAAACCCAACUCACUCAUUCACUUCAUACCUUGUUCUCUCUACUGAUCAAACCUUGUUCUCUCUACUGAUCAAACCAUGUUCACACUACUGAUCAAACCUUGUUCUCUCUACUGAUCAAACCUUGUUCUCUCUACUGAUCAAACCUUGUUCUCUCUACUGAUCAAACCUUGUUCUCACUACCGAUCAAACCUUGUUCUCACUACUGAUCAAACCUUGUUCUCACUACUGAUCAAACCUUGUUCUCACUACUGAUCAAACCUUGUUCUCACUACCGAUCAAACCUU